CCUCGGGAGCCCUUUCCCAUGACACCUUGCGCUCGGCUGUGUUUGUUGCCUGGCAACUCACAGGCAGUGAGUCCCGGGCCCGGGAUGCUCUGCUCGGCUAUGGGGCCGCGGGGCCUCCCGCUGCUCCUGCUGGUGCUCCUGAGCUGCUGCGCUUCAGCGAGCACCGAGGCCGUGGCCACCCCGGUUGUGGCCACCCCAGAUUCGGCUACCCAGGCUGUAGCCACCCCGGCCGUGGCCACCCCGGAUGCGGCUACCCCGGCCGUGGCCUCCCCGGAUGCGGCUACCCCGGCCGUAGCCACCCCGGCCGUGGCCACCCCGACCAUGACGAAGGAGGACCUCAACUCCACCGAGGCCACCCCAGCCACUCUCAGGCCCUCCUCGUCGCCAAGGACCUCGGGGACUCCCAGGGCUCCGGAGGUCUCUGGCCCCAGGCCCACCCCGGUCACGGACGUUGCUGCUCUGUGUGUCUGUGACCUGCUUCCAGCACAGUGUGACGUCAACUGCUGUUGUGACCCUGACUGCAGCACCGUGGAUUUCAGCGUCUUCUCCGCCUGCUCAGUCCCAGUUGUCACGGGCGAUGGGCAGUUCUGUAGUCAGAAGGCGGCCGUCUACUCGAUGAACUUGACAGCAGACCCUCCUCACCGCGUCUUUAGACUCAUUGACCAGAUCAACCCUUCCGUCUUCUGCGUCCAUAUUUCAAACUACAAGCCUGCACUGUCCUUUGCUAAUCCGGAAGUGCCCAACGAGAACAAUUUCGACAGACUGAUGCAAGCAUCAGGUGGUUUUACGCUGAGUGUCGAGUCACAUGUUCCUUCCACAACCUCAUCAGAUGUUCCACAGCCCACUAAGUACGAGUACGGAGUUCCUCUGCAGACUGCAGGCUCGUCUUCAGGUUCGUUUCUUAGACUGCCCUCGCCUCUCACGUCAUCUCUGUGUACAGAUCAGAACCCUGCCGAAGUGGACCGGUGA